CAAGCGCAUUCCAUCGUUACACUUUAGGGGCAUAGGCCAUGCACUGAUCGUAUAAAGUACAAGACCUAGUGUUGUUACAACGAGAAAAGCAACCCAAUAAAGAAACAAAAAUGGCCCAGAUGUACCUAGCUGUCACCAUCGUAGCCCUGCUGGCAAUCUCACACGGUGUCACCGCGAAACGUGGGUGUUCCGCCUUUGGACACUCAUGCUUCGGAGGCCACGGCAAGAGGUCGGGUGACACUGCAGCAUUGGAUCAGUUAUCAAAUCAAGACCUGAUGGCGCGCCACCAACUGGGCCAGGAGGAGACCCCCCCGCAUCCCGUGUACCCCCACUCGGGGUAUAACGUGCUCCCCUCCGGUGAUGACAUCAUACCCAUCCGGGAUGGAGGUGAGGACAGUGUAUAUGAUCGCGACGACGGUGCUGCCGCUCGAGAGGUCAUGAAGAUGAAACUUCGGAACAUCUUCAAACAUUGGAUGGACAACUACAGGCGGUCACAACAGAACCCGGACGACGGUUACUACAUUGAAUCCUUGUAAAUUAUCUUAAACUUAACUAUAUAUGACACAUUAUCCAGUAUAUAACAAUCUUUCAUCUACCUACCUGGAAAUAAGCUCGAUUUUCAAAAUAAAUAUAUCAUCAAAUCAUUGUCAUAUUAAAUCAAAUAUGUAGAAUAGGUACAUGUUGUUGUUUUUGAGAGAAAAUAAUUUAUAUAAAAAAAAAAAUAUUCAUUGUCAUUCAAAUACAAUCAUAAAAUUAAAUAAUUUCGAUCAAAAUUUCAACUUUCAUGAUAAUCAAGCUUAUUUCAAAUUAUUCCAUUAACAUUCGUGUUAUAUUUUACGGUAGGUACUAACUAAUAAAAAUAAUUAAAAAAAUAUCUUGUCAAUUAAAUAUUUUCACAAAAUAUAACAUGUUAUUUAAAAAAAACUGACGAACUGUUUCUGUAAAAAGGCUGGCAUAAAUUAUUAUUUAAAUUAUAAUCUUUAUAAUUAUUGAAGUUGUGUAAAAUAAUUCUAUCAUUCAUUGUAAAAAUGUAUAACUUUUAUGUGGUUAUUAUUGCUAUUAUGUUUUCCAAAUUUUAUUCUCUUGGUACCUGAAAAUACGUUUCAAAUUCUUGUUACUAUUAAAUUAAAAAUGAAUGAUUGGCUAACAUAAGUUUACCAUCGAGAACACGGAUUAUUAAUAAUAAAAUUAUUAACUUAUACUUAUUAAUGUAGAAAUUGACUGUCUCUAUGAAAUAAGAAUGUUUUGUGUAUUUAUUAAAUGGUUAGAUACAUACAA